GCAAAGCGGUUGGAUGGUGAAUGGAAAAGUAAACGGCUACCGGUGUUUCAAAAAGAGCUCUCUUGUUUUCUAAAGAGUCUGUAUUUUUGGAAACCCAUUUAACCUUUAUUCGAGAGCAUCUUCACAAAGCAACCCGAGUGAACCGAAGCGAGAUUAAUAUUUUGUUUUAUAUAUUCAGCGCAAGACUCUUUUUUAUAUACAUAUAUAUUCACCGCAAGCCUCUCAUGACCACGAGACGCAAAUUAUUUAUUUUAUUUUAGUAUUUGUCUUUUUUAGCUACUCUUUCAAGACAUUAAAAUGACUGAGAAGCGAUACUCCAGCAUGGAUGAGUCGUCGCUCCGUAAUCUGCUGGAUAAGACUAUAGACAUAGACGAGCGGCGGCUGAUCCGGACAGCGAUUCGAGACCUGCGCCGCUCCGAGAUUGAAGAAAUGGAGGCAGCACUGACCAGUAAACGCUUCAGACGUGCCCAUCAGCACACAUAUGAUGAUAAAGAAAACCAGUGCCGUCCUGAUGUGGCAGCUUCGUUAGACAUGCUAUCGGGGAAGAUUCAGGCCAUUCGUGACAUUGAAGAACUUAAUGGACUGUUACGAAGCGCCAGUGAAUAUGAAGAAAGAAAACUGAUUCGUGCAGCAAUUCGCAGGCUGAGAGAUGAGCAGAUACGAGGCGCUUUAGAGAAGGUUGAGAGCACUGGCCAGAGAACAGAGCCAAGACUAAAUCCCCACAGCAGCUUUGACCUGCAGGACGGGCAGAGAGGGAACAUCAGCAACGCAGAAAUGCUCAUCAGCCAGUCGGAGAGAAUUGAGAACCACAGAGACGGCUCGGCCCCUGACAUGGUUUUAGUACUAGAUCCACAGGUUAGAGAGAAAGUCCCUUGCACUCUAACCCAACUGAUUCAGUGUGACCAUGGCUCGCCCUCCUCAGAAGUCAUUCCUUCAUACCGAGAGCGUUCUGACUCUGGAGAAUCGUUUGAUAGCCGCGACUCCCAUCAAAGAAAGAGGCUGAACUCCAGCGCUUCAGACCGCAGUCACGAAUCCUUCACCUGUACUACUGACCAAAGCUCUCACUCAGGACCAGCUGGAGAGGAGUUGACCGCAGGUAGAUCUUUGUCUGGCAUGGAAUCAGAAGCUCAGCAGAUUAAGCAAGACCUGAAGAAACUUGAUAAUGGUGUGGAGAUGACUCACUUUAGGAGCAGGGCUAGUUCAAAAGACUACGCAUUAAAUGGGACCAGCAAGAGGCCUGAAGACAUCUCAGGACGAAAGGUCAUGUCCAGUAGAGACUCUCUCAUGACUUCUGUCUCUAAUGGUAAGGAUACAGAUUCCAAAAACAAAACCGUAUACUCUGGGCCCUUCAUUCGUACGAAUUCUGUACGUGACCGAAUGCGCAAGUUUACCGAACCUGUUUCGAAUGUUCCUAGAAAUGCCCAUGCUUCUUCUACUUCUACAAACACACAUCCUACAUCAACAGUGUCUGCAGACAGGUCCCAGGACACCCCAUCCUGCUCCUCCUCCAUCCCAAAGAAAGGGAGGAAUGUCAAUGAAAAUGUAUUAGCCCAACCCAAGCUUUUCUCCAGCCAAUCACAUGCCACAGUGGGCGGCUCACAUGGCCACACUGAAAAUGUCAGGAGUGCUUGUAGCACCUCAGAAGAAGCACAUACUCCUGCGAGAACAGCAUCUUCAGGGACGCAGGACACCCGGGAGGAACCAGAGUCAAACAUGAAGACUUUCCUCAGCAUUGAGAUCGGCCGAAACGCAACAUCAAAUUCAGCUGUACACAACAUGAGCCCUCGAAUAUUCACAGCUGCUGCUCCACAGAGAACUGAGCUGACUCUUGGUUUAAGAGCGACACCAUUCAAAAUCACCAGCUCGAGUCAGUCAUCUGGAUCUACUGUUAAGAUGGAGACCGAGCCCGUUUCUCUUGUGGUUGAGCCUGUGAGAGAGAUGAAGACCAGUGCUCCUGUACUUCCUAACGGCUCAUCCAUUAGCUCCACCAACGUUGAGGUGCAGAAUGAGAAGCUGACCACAGAAAAGCUGCAGGACAUUGAAGACGAGGAGAUCCUGGACAAAAUGCUUGAUGACUGUAAAGACUUUGAAGAAAGGAAAAUGAUCAGGGCUGCAAUGAGAGAACUCCGAAAGAAAAAGCGAGAUCAGAGAGAAAAGGAGAGAGAAGUUCGUCUGAAGGAGCUCAGACAGCAGACAGAAGAGAGGGCUCAGAAAACUCGGGUGGGUGGAGACACCAGUGAGGUGGUAAUGAAGAAGAUUGAGCGGUCUAAAGACGGCUCAACCAUCAGCCACAUAACCAAUCGUGUUUCACAGACAGAUGAUGCUGGCAGGACGUCCCGCAGCACUAUCAUGGAAUCCAGCUAUGUUCAAAAGACAGAUAAAGGCACAGUGCAAACUAAAUCCUACAGCUACUCCAGUGCCACAUCCACGAGAAAGAUUGGCAGUGUUUUUGACCGUGAAGAUGACACACCUCGUAGUGGAAGCAGAACAUCAGCUCUUGAGCGCAGACAGGUAGAGAGAGCGGAGUUGAUGAGAUCUCAGACUCUACCAGCUCAGGCACGAAGAGUCAUGAUUGAAAAACUUGAGAAAGACACUGGAGGCAGUUCAGCGAUUACAGUAAACAAGGUGCAGCGCUCCACAAGCUUUGGUGUGCCCAAUGCCAACUCCAUCAAACAGAUGCUUUUGGACUGGUGCAGAUCCAAGACCCGUUCCUAUGAGAAUGUGGACAUCCAGAACUUCUCGUCCAGCUGGAGUGAUGGUAUGGCCUUCUGUGCUCUAGUGCACAACUUCUUUCCAGAAGCCUUUGACUACUCCAGCCUCAGUCCCAGUAACCGCAGGCACAACUUUGAGGUGGCCUUCAGUACAGCAGAGGCCUAUGCUAAUUGUAUGCCCCUGGUGGAGGUGGAAGACAUGAUGAUAAUGGGUAAGAAGCCAGACUCCAAGUGUGUCUUCACGUAUGUUCAGUCACUGGUUAACCACCUACGCAAAUAUGAGAUGAUGCGAGCUCGGGCUCAGCAGGCCAACGACUUCUGAUGCUGCAACAUGGAGGCACGUCUUGUAGUCCAAUGACAUCUGGUUAUGCUAGCUUUACAGGGAGAUAGAAUUUCUCCCCAUUUUUAAAAAUGAAAUAAUUUUUAAAGGAUUAGUUCACCCGGAAAUACAAAUUCUGACGUGGGAUACAAAAGAGAUUUUAAAUAAUGUACUGGUUACUCUUUUCCUUUCAAUUACAAUAAUUGGGGACUGGAACUUUUACACUUCAAAAAGGAUGCAAAAGUAGCGCAUUAAUCCAAGUCUUCUGAAGCCAUAUGAAGGCGUUCCGUGAAAAACAGAACUGAAUAGAAGUCAUUGUUCACUCUAAAUCUUGAUAUUUGCCCUAGAUUUCUUUGGUGCAUCCAAUUCAUAAACCGAUUAUUCUUUGUUCAAGUAGCAGUUAUUCUCCAAUUCAAAGCUCACUAGAGGAUAAAAUGAGAGAUUAAUGACUUAAAUUUUGGUCUGUUUCUCACACAAAGCUAUCGUAUGGCUUCAGUAGACUUGAAAUAUCUUGCACGGUCAUACGGAGGAGACAUAUGAACCAUUUCACAUUAUUUUUGAUGUUUAAAAGCUUUUGUCCCUAUUGUCAUUGAAAAGGAAUGGAUAAAAGCAACCACAUUGUUAUUCAAAAUUUCUAUUUGCAUGUUCCACGGAAGGAGGAGAGUCAAACUGGUCUGGAACAUGACGGUGAGCAAAUAAUCAUUUUUGGGUGAACUAUCUCUUAAUUGUGUUUACUUUCCAGACAGAUCCAAAGAAUUCCUCCUAUAACAGCUGUAAUAAGCUGUAAUUACAUAAGUUUUUUUUACUGAGUUUUGUUUGAAGGUGCAGUAAAAAAAAACUAAAUCCGAAAGGUAACUACCAAAAUGUUGUAUUAAUGGUAAAAGAAUAAUAAUUCAAGUUGUAUUUAGUGUACUUCCCAGCAUUUUGUUGAUGUCUGCUACUUGAUUUCAUGUGUUAAUAAUGAAAAUAUGGUUUUAUGUUGAUUGCCCAUAUCUAGUGUUUAAAAAAAACGUUUUUAACUGUUUCACAUGGGCGGCCUGGGUAGAUCAGCAAGUAUUGCCGCUGGCUACCAUCCCUGGAGUCACGAGUUCAAAUCCAGGGUGUGCUGUGUGACUCAGCCAGGUCUCCUAAGCAACCAAAUUGGCCCAGUUGCUAGGGAGGGUAGAGUCACAUGGAAUAACCUCCUCGUGGUCGCUAUAAUGUGGUUUUCGCUCUCGGUGGGGCGCAUGGUGAGUUGUGCGUGGAUACCGUGGAGAAUAGCGUCAAGCCUCCACACGCACUACAUCUCCGCGGUAACGCGCUCAACAAGCCACGUGAUAAGAUGCGCAGGUUUACGUUCUCAGAUGCAAAGGCAACUGAGAGUCGUCCUCCGCCACCCAGAUUGAGGCGAGCGCAUUGGGAAUUGGGCAUCCUAAAUUGGGGAGAAAAAAGAAAAUAAAAAUAAAAACAUUUCACGGUACUGUUGCUUGUUAAAGGAGUUCAGACCUGCAUGCUUUUUCACAAGUUUACUUGAAUUUUUUGGUUUCGUCUCAAACAAUUGAGAUUAUAUUGCCAUAUGAAUGCAUUAUUGUCUUAAUUUAAGAACUUUGCAGGAAUGUUAUUCUCACUGCUUGUUAUGACUUCAGCCAUUUAUUGCAAGAUGCAUCUUAAUGACUGUUUUUCAAUGCAUAUUUCUUGUAAGUAAUUGAACGUUUGGUUUUUACACUGAACACAGACCAUUUCCAUGAGUUUCUCCUUUUAGUAUAGAACAUGUUCAUUUUUAAAUGAUAUACAAAUACACAAACAACUGCAUUUAUUGUUGCACUUAUGUACUGUCCUUAUUUAUGGAGGAGAAUAUUUUUAAUUCAUUUAUAUACAAAUAUAUAAAUAAGGUUGGUUCAUAAACUUAAUACUUAAGUCAGCCCUUAAUACAUAAGCUGAAUUUCUGAUUAAAGGGUCUGUUUCUGUACAGACCCGAUCAAGAGAAAAGUAUCAUUUAAACAGUGUAGCCUAUAUUAGUAACCCUUAUCGAGUCAUGCCUGAUUAUGACACCUUGAGAAUAGUAAUGUUUUACUAGUAAAUUCUAUCAGAAAAGGUCAUUGAUAUUUAUAUAUUUGGUUCUAUAGAUGGUUGUAGUUAUAAUUACUUUGAUUAAUGACUGCACAUAAUUUAAUGACAAAAGAUGGAUUCUUGAAAACUAAAUGCAAAGCUACUGCAACAACUAAAAGUGACAUUACUUGGUACUAGUAAGGAAAAUGAGCAUUCACAAUAUGCUAAUAAAGUUAUUUGUACAAACUUAUUCAAAACUUCUUGUUCACGCAGUAUUUCAGUACAUAAUUUCAUAUAAUAAUCAUUAAAACCG